UGUUCCAGGGCUAGGGUAUUGUACAUGGCAGGGACAUGGAACUGAGCCAUCGUUAAUGCUAUUAGCUCCACCUGUGCUUUUACAGCUAUGCCAAGUCAAAAUGUCGGUUGUGAAAAAAGGUCUAAAGCCAUGAGUGUAAAUCAAAACUUUCACCAUGGAUUGUUUAUUUUCAAUUCAGUUGUGGAUAAGAAAACAGGUAGCCUGAAAGAGUAGACACAAUGUCUGAAUCUGUGGCUAAAGAUAAGCAGAAUGACAGCAGACACAAGGGAACCACUGACUGAAGAGGGAUAGUACAAGAGGAAGCAAAUACAGUGAGGUGUUUAGAUGAAGAGAUGCAGAUGACAGACUCUACUGCAGUUUGUGUGAAGCACCUCCAGCAUGUCAUCAAGGCAGCCCUGGCUCGAUUGCUCGCCACGAUGAGAACUGACUUCGCUCUGGUCCUGACAGCAGCCCUUCUUCUUGACACAUUCUGGAGGAAUAAUGGGGAGCAUGCUUCCAAGGGUCCAUGCCGACCUGGCUUCUCACAAAGCUUCUAUUCUGUGCUGAUUUCAAGGGAUGUACUGCAAGGCCAAGGCAUACUCAAAGAUACCACAGUGUCAUCACAAAAAGUGAAGUUCGAUGACUGCAUGGGGAAUGAGGCGGUGGCUUUCCAAAGCAGUGACCCCAGCUUCAGCGUGCGGACAGAUGGAUCCAUCUUUGCCCAGCGAGAGGGAGCCAGCCUAGACGAACCAGUCCAGUUUAAACUGACAGCAAGCGGUCCACACACACAUGUCUGGGAGACUGUGGUCCAACUGGCACUGAUUGACCUACCUUCACCACAACAAAAUGAAAAUGAGGUCACAAAGGAAGAGGGGAAAGUCGCUGAGAGAAAAGAGAAGAAGGAGGCGUUCCAAGCACCACCUCCUGUCAUCAUGUUCUCAGGGUCAGGCCUGAACAGCUCCAAGGGUCUACGGAGGCAGAAGAGGGACUGGGUGAUCCCACCAAUCAACGUGGCAGAAAAUUCUCGAGGACCAUUCCCUCAGAUGCUCGUCAGUAUUCGUUCAGACCAGGACCAGGACAUCUCGAUUCGAUACAGCAUCACUGGGGUGGGAGCAGAUCAGCCACCCAAUGAGGUGUUCAAUAUCGACCCCGUGGUGGGAAAGAUGUUCGUCACCAAACCUCUUGAUCGAGAACAUCGGUCUUCUUACCAUCUGCGAGCCCAUGCCGUGGACAUGAAUGGGAACCAAGUUGAGAACCCUAUUGAUCUGUACAUCUUCGUUAUCGACAUGAACGACAACAGACCUGAAUUCAAAAACCAGGUCUACAAUGGCUCAGUGGAUGAAGGGUCUAAACCAGGAACGUAUGUGAUGCACGUGUCAGCGUUCGAUGCCGACGACAACACUACAGCUAAUGGAAUGGUGCGCUAUCGGAUCCUGUCCCAGACACCGCACAGCCCUAUCCCUAACAUGUUUACCAUCAACAGUGAGAAUGGAGAUAUAGUGACGGUGGCACCUGGUCUUGAUCGAGAGAAAGUGUCCCAGUAUACCAUCAUCGUUCAGGCCACUGACAUGGAGGGCAACCUGAACUUUGGCCUUUCCAACACAGCCACUGCCAUCAUCACUGUCACGGACAUCAACGACAAUCCUCCAAUGCUGACCUCCAGAACUUUUUCUGGCGAGGUACCAGAGAACCGAGUGGAUGUUGUGGUGGCUAAUCUGACGGUGAUAGAUGCUGACCAACCACACUCCCCUAACUGGAACGCCAUCUACAGGAUCAUCAGUGGAGACCCAUCCGGGCACUUCACCAUCCGCACCGACCCUGUAAGCAACGAUGGCAUGGUGACUGUUGUGAAGCCAGUAGACUUUGAGAUGAACCGUGCCUUCAUGCUGACGGUGGUGGUGUCCAACCAGGCCCACCUAGCCAGUGGGAUCCAGUCUUCGCUUCAGUCCACAGCUGGAGUCACCAUAUCUGUCCAGGAUGUCAAUGAACCCCCUUAUUUCCCUACGAACCCAAAACACAUCCGCUUUGAAGAGGGUGUCCCUGCUGGUACCAGCCUGACAACCUUCUCAGCCUCAGAUCCCGACCGACUACAGAUGCAGCAGAUAAUCAGGUAUUCAAAGCUGAACGACCCUGCGGACUGGUUGUCCAUCAACAGAACCAAUGGUCAGAUAGUGACCACAGCGAUGCUCGACCGAGAGUCCAUCUACGUGAAAAACAACAUAUAUGAAGCCACAUUCCUGGCAACAGAUAAUGGCUCUCCUGCAGCCAGCGGCACAGGCACACUGCAGAUCUAUCUGAUAGAUAUUAAUGACAACCCCCCAGUGCUCAUACCUAGGGAGUCUCAGAUCUGUGAGCAGAUGAACAAGAACGCCAACGGUGUCAACAUCACUGCCGCUGAUGCCGACACAGACCCCAAUGCUGGGCCCUUUGUCUUCGAGCUGCCCAGCUUUCCCACCAGCAUCCGACGCAACUGGACGAUUUCUAGGAUCAGUGGCAACUACGCUCGUCUGGGUCUACGGUACCAGAUAUAUUUAGAGCCGGGGGUGUAUGAGGUCCCUGUAAUUGUGUCGGACUCAGGGAACCCUCCAUUGUCCAACAGGUCGGUCAUCAAAGUGAAGGUGUGUCCGUGCGAUCAAAACGGAGACUGCACCACCGUUGGGGCUGUGGCAGCCGCUGGUUUGGGAACUGGAGCCAUCAUCUCCAUCCUCAUCUGCAUCAUCAUAUUGCUCAGCAUGGUGCUGUUAUUUGUGGUGUGGAUCAAGCGCAGAGAGAAGGAGAGGCAGACCAAGCAGUUGCUUAUUGACCCCGAAGACGAUGUCAGAGACAACAUCCUCAAAUACGAUGAAGAGGGAGGAGGAGAGGAAGACCAGGACUAUGACCUGAGCCAGCUGCAGCAGCCUGACUCCUUGGAGCACAUCAUCAGCAAGCCGCCUGGUGUACGCAGGGUGGACGAACGUCCCAUCAUCCCAGAGUCCCAGUACCCAAUCAGACCUGUCGUGCCCCACCCUGGAGACAUAGGGGACUUCAUCCAUGAGGGUUUGCGAGCAGCAGACAACGACCCCACAGCCCCUCCGUAUGACUCCCUGCUGGUGUUUGACUACGAGGGCAGCGGCUCCACCGCUGGCUCUGUCAGCUCCCUCAACUCCUCCAGCACGGGGGACCAGGACUAUGACUACCUCAACGACUGGGGCCCCCGCUUCAAGAAGCUGGCUGACAUGUACGGAGGAGGGGAUGAUGAUUAAAUCUACCCAGUCACACAUGCACACACACACACCCUCGUCCCGUCAGCUGGCCUGCCAUGCUCUGUCCCUAUAACACAUGGGGCUGUUACACCCUUACUGAACACAAGUUAACAAUGACAUGUUCACACUGACCAACUGACUGACCAACCAACCAAUCAAAUUACCCACCACAGAGGACCGGUGCCAUGAGUCAGUUUUGGGUGCUCUUCUCAACCGUCUCCUGCUCUAAGCCCGUCUAAGACUGAAACAGAAGCUCUGAAUUGCAGGCUUCUCAUAAUUUGUAUUUUCAAACUCUUGCGCUUUUGUUUCAUUUUUCAGUUUUAUGCUAGAUGUAGGCUUAGGUUACUUUUGUCUGAUUUUGUUUUUCCUUUAGUUUGCGCAGCUUUUUUUGUCCUCACUCCCCUUCGAUUCGAGACGUUCCCUAUUCCUGAGGGUUUUCACUUUUCCCUCGCUGUAAGCCCCCGCCUGCCUCUCUGCAGAAGCUUUAGGUUUGAGCUGCUUGCUUUGUCUGAGGGGAACAAAAGGAGAGGGGUAAAAAAGAACAGAACAGAUAUGAUAUGAAAGUCCUUCCUGCAUGGAGGGCCCUGGUUUAUUCUUUCUUGAACUUGAAUUACUUAGAACAGAAGCACUGUUGUUUAAAAAGUGCCUUCAGUGGUGCGUAUUUUAGCAGACUCCCGCUAACUCAGGAUUGGUUGCCAUUUUCUGGGCUAACAUGCCCCCGUAUGACCCCUGACCCUUUAACUCAGACCUUCCCUUGUCAUUUCUAUUGUCCUGCAGGGUUGUGGUAGCUGCGGGAGAUGUCAGUGCUGGUUUCAGAGGAGCACUGGCUUAAGAGGGCGCUUUAUGUAGACAUACUGUACAUAGGCCUACAGUGUGUCUGUAAGUUAUGGACAAAUCAUUAACUUUUCAAGUCAGGCAUAUCUGUGCUCCUAGAUCACAGCCAACUUGAAUGUGAUUGGUGAAAUCACAAAAAUACAUUAUGGGACUGUCUUAGAGAAGAAAUGCAUUGCGUGUCUUUGUUUAUUGUGGCUUCAAUAGCAGCUGUGUUUGUUUUGAGCUCUCAGUAUUUGCACCUAAAGCUUGAUAAGGCUUGUUACUAAAAUUUAAAGGUCAAGUCAAGUGUGUUACCUCUAUAAUGUUACUGUAUAUGAAGUACAUAUGAGGGUUAUUUAAGGAGACUUUGCCUUUAAGAUCAUUUAAGGUUUGCAUGUUUAUCCCUACACCCAAAGGUAACUACCAUCGCCAGUUAUUGUGUGGUAAAUAUGUCAAAGAAAACUAUAUAAACUGUACAAACAUGAGGGUAAAGAAAAUACUAGAUGACUUCACAUAGCUCUGAUAGCAUUACAUAUAGAGUUCAGAGCUUGUGUGAGCCCCAUUCUGAGUCCCUUUCUCUUUUGGUUUUUGCUUUGUUUUGUUUUUGUUUUGUUUUUUUUCUUUUGUUGAUUCACUGUUGUUUCUUGACAAACUUUUGAUAUACAAACUUUGGUGCUGGUCCCUGUCACAGAAACUGGGAGAAUUGAGCCUCAGCCAGGGAUUUAGCGCCUUCACAAUCUGUCUCUCUUCAGGCAGCAUUUCAUUCAUCUGAAAUUUUCUCCUGAAAAAUUUUGGCUGCAACUUCAAGAGGUUUUGAAAAAAAAAAAAGGUAGAGAAAGGAAAAAGUCUGUCAUGAAGUUUUGCAUUUUAUCAAAGCAGACUUGCAAAACUAAAGCUUCAGUAAUAGAGCUUUAAAAGACAGACAUUUUAAAAGACAAUUUUGUUGUAACUUAAUGAAAAAGCAGGACUACCCAUGGGCUUUUGUAAUCGUAUUUCAGAAUAUACCCCAGCACUGCUUAUAGAGAGCUGAAAUAAAGAGUUUUAGUCUUUGUAUUAAAUUAUUUAAAUGUGCAAAACAUUCCACAGAGUAUCACGGGAGAUGCUGGUGAAUGAUAGAAAGAUUUAAUCAUUCCGUAUAUUCUGAGUGCCCAUUGAAACGCUCCUCAGUGGUAGCCGGCUUCAACUUGAUGUGGAUUGACCAGAUCCUCUUUUAAUUGUGAAUAUAAUUAAUGCCUGGAGGAAAUGUUCUUCAAGCAAUUUGAUGAAAAGGAUCCUCCACUCAUGCUCUUUUUUCUCCUGAUGCUUUUCAACUGUUCCUCACCUGCUCACAGUUCAUUUGAAUAGAUAUAAAUAAAUAAAAAAAAACAAUCUUUAGUUUUUAACAAUGGUAAUAGAAAAUGAGCCCGCUGUGAAAAAAAAGUAACUAUUCUUUUGGAGUAUACCUGUUAAUACAUAUUCAUCAUGCCAUAAAAAAAGAAAUAUGGAUGAGAGUGUGAUAUGACUAUAAACAAGGGAAGGAAGGUCAUAGUAUAAUUAACAAGGUUAACAGGGUAGGAAUCUCAUGAUUUAGAUUCAUAGAGAAAUGGGUGGAAAUUGCACCUUGCGGUGUAGAAACUGACAGCGGCGAUUUUCAGGACAGCUGUCAGCUUAGAGCUCAGUCAGAGUAGACAUGAGAAAAGGAGUGGUUUCCACAGCUUGCUGCUGGAUAAGCUCCUGUCUAUCCAGUUGCUCCUCAGCCUGCAGAAUAUCUUCACAAAAUAAACACAGCUGUUACUUUCUGCUAUUUGUGAUUAUUUCUGACACAUAAAUGUUGUAUAUACAGAACAUUUUUAUACAUUUGGUGACAUGAUUCAUCUGUUUCUGUGUGGUCUUUGCAUUUUCUCUCACUCCAGUUUUGUUUCAAAUUAAUAGUUGGCAAGGUAUAUUUCACCACAAAAAGCCAUGUGCAUUUAAGAGAAUCUGUAUGAUUCUAUAUGAGCUUACAGCCAUACUUGUGUCGCUGUUCAAUCUUCGCUUCCUCAUGGUGAAAAGGUUCCACUUCAAACCAACUUGUACAGUCUGUACUAGCACACACACUCACUCCUCUAGGCCUUACUGUAUAUACAUGAGUGUUCUGUAUUAUAUGAGCCCUUUCAGCAUUAUUCGAAUUCAGCUGCGGAGCUCCAACAUUAUUGAAGGCCAUCCAGCGUUCACAGAAUAAAGACAUGCUUCAUGAAAUGCUCGUGCUCUCUUGUCAGAUGUUCACAGCAGAGUGAGGGCCAAACAUAGCAGGAGGCA